GAUAAUAUGGUGGAGGUUUCGAUUGUGAUGAUGGGGGUUGUGAUGGUGUUGAUAAUAUAAGUGGUAACAUGUAGUCUUGAUUGCGCGUGUUGUUGGUGGUGCUGUUAGCGGUGGUAGUGAUGAUUUGAGUAUUUUUUUUAGUGGUGGAGGUUGGCACAGUGGGGGGGAAGCACUUGUGGUAACAUCUACCAGCCAUCUGUUAACCCGUGACACCCGGGUCUGGCCUGGCACCUGCCAUGGAGCCUUCGACACUUCACCUGGCAUCAAGAUAUAGGGGCCUCGCAUUCAAUGCAAACAUGUCCAGGGCCCCGAGCCCCCCACCUCCGUCUGAAAUGUCCAAUGCGCCCAUCGCAGAAAGCUGGUGCUACACACAGGUUAAGGUCGUAAAGUUCUCUUAUAUGUGGACCAUCAACAAUUUCAGCUUCUGUCGUGAAGAAAUGGGCGAAGUUCUCAAGAGUUCUACAUUUUCAGCAGGCACCAAUGAUAAAUUGAAAUGGUGCCUACGUGUGAACCCCAAGGGUCUUGACGAAGAGAGUAAAGAUUACCUAUCGUUGUACUUGUUAUUGGUCAGCUGUCCCAAGAGUGAAGUCCGCGCCAAGUUCAAGUUUUCUAUUCUUAAUGCCAAGGGAGAGGAAACCAAGGCUAUGGAGAGCCAGCGAGCAUACCGCUUUGUCCAAGGAAAAGACUGGGGAUUUAAAAAAUUCAUUCGAAGAGAUUUUUUGCUUGAUGAAUCUAAUGGCUUGCUUCCAGAUGACAAACUGACACUCUUUUGUGAAGUUAGUGUGGUGCAGGAUUCCGUGAACAUUUCUGGUCAAUCCAGCAUGAGUACAUUGAAAGUGCCAGAUUGCCGGCUGGCAGUUGACUUCGGGGAGAUCUGGGACAAUUCCCGCUUCACAGACUGCCUGCUUCGUGUUGGUGGCCAGGAGUUUAAAGCACACAAGGCCGUAUUGGCAGGUCGGUCACUUGUUUUUAAUGCUAUGUUUGAACAUGAAAUGGAAGAGAGCAAAAAGAAUCGAGUGGAGAUUAAUGAUGUAGAGCCUGACGUGUUCAAGGAAAUGAUGCGUUUUGUCUAUACGGGAAGGGCUCCAAACCUCGAGAAGAUGGCUGAUGACCUGCUGGCCGCUGCUGACAAGUAUGCUUUAGAGAGGUUGAAGGUGAUGUGCGAGGAGGCACUAUGCACAAACUUGUCGGUGGAAAAUGUUGCGGAGACUUUGAUCUUGGCCGAUUUGCACAGUGCAGAGCAGUUGAAGGCCCAGGCCAUUGACUUCAUAAACAGUCAUGCGACGGACGUAAUGGAGACGGCGGGCUGGAAGUCCAUGGUUUUGUCUCACCCUCACCUGGUUGCGGAUGCUUUCCGUGCCUUGGCCACGGCCCAGUCUCCACAGCUGGGACCUCCACGCAAGCGUCUCAAACAGACUUAACGGUGGCAGGCAAAGAACAUCUAUGACCAGGAAAACUUGAGCUGCACAGCGCGGUUAUUUACCUGUGGCCUCCAUGCAAACAACAGUGAAGACUUUGCAUCAGACUACCAACUUUCCUCUGCAUUGAAAAUAAUGUUAAUUUAAGCAAAUAUGUUUACUUUCACAAAAAGGUGGCCAAAUUUACUUUACCAUGUAAUAUAGUGCUACAUCUAUACAUCUCCGACUCUAUAAACAAGUACAUAUGUAGAAAAAGUGGAAAACUACAACCUAAUAAACACCACGACAUAUCCCAAUUGAGAGAGUGUAAAAUAAAACGUCCGAUGUGAUUGUCCCUAUUUGGCAGGACAAUUUGGUUCAAUUGUUUAGUUAAGUAAAAACAGAAUGGUCUAAAACCCUGCAAUGUCUACCUUAACAUGAAGGAUGAGUAUUCGUCCAGUGUCUGUGUACUCAAGGUUACAGAUAGUGGUAUAGGGAACAACAGUUCUGAAAGAUAAGAAUGUGCCAAGCCAUAUAAGGCCUUCAAGAGGUAAACUUUUCAGAUUGAUUUUUCAUUGCACAGACAGCUUAUGCAUUGACUAGAACAGGAGUACUAUGAUUGCCAAGUUUGAAGACUGACAAAGAUAAUAUUGCAGUCGUGUAUCCUGCGUAUAACAAAGCAUGGAUGGAGUGCUCGGUGUAAGAAAAGGCAAGGCACAUCAUCAAUUUGGCUAUGUUACGCAGUUGAUAACAUUUCACUUUUUUGCUUGUAUGGGCUUUCAUGUGUGACCCAAAGAUUUUUGACUUACAACAAAAGUAAAUCUUAUUUACAUCAAUUUAGUCAUUUGUAUUCACGGAAACAAGAUGUGCUGUUUUCUAAGUUUUGUUUCGUAUUAUAUUGUAAUGAUUUGUUUUUAUUAUGAAUUUCAUCUAUUACCCACUCGUAGCAUCAGGUCAACGCAGAGUUUUACGUGAUUGGAAGGACCAUAUUUUUUGCAUCAGCGCUGUUUUACGUAACCUCCCAUUUAAAAUUAAAGUGUACAUAAAAUUGCAUAAGCUUUGAAGGAUUACACACAUAGAUUUGGAAGCACCAUUUAAAUAAUAUUUAAAGCUGCAGGAUAUAAUAUGAAAGUACAACAAAUGAGCAGUGUCAUGGAUUUGAGUCGAUUUGAAGAAUAUUACAAUCUAAUGCAAUGUGUUGGGAUAUGAACAGAUGCAAACGACAAGAAUGUUGGAGGUUUUUUUACGUGUUAAACGUACAAAAACAAGUUGGAUAAUACAUGCAAAAUUAAGGAUAGCCAGUGUUGUAAACAGUCUAUUUAUUUUGUAUUUGUUUAAUAUUUUAGUUUCGUCCUUAAAUAUAUAUUUGAUGCUAAAGAUGUAUAUGGUACAGUGCACUCUACCUAUUCAAUUAAAAACUGAUAAGGUGAUUCGGAGAAGUUAUUUGUUGUCAUGGUGAGAGUUAAAGCAUUGAAAUCUGAUUGGGGUUCUAAUCUGCAGCAAGUCUAUGCUGUCAUAAGUGAGUGUGACAAAAACUUUUAGAAGAUUGCAGCCAGUGCGGUGGACUAAUUGACCCCUGAAAUGUAUCAGGCAGUUACCGAUAAUGUACUCUUCAAAUUGUUGCCUUGUAUGAUUUCCGAAAUUGAAAAUACUUUGCGCCAAAUGUAAAUGUUUAUUGGAAAAUGGAUAUACUGUAACUGCCAAAAAAUAUAUAAUUGCAGUAAUAAUAAUAUGGCCUUUGUAAAAAGUGUGUGUUUUGAAAAAGUGUGAUUGCAUGCAAGACAGUUUUGGGUUCUUCCCACGAGUUUUUUUGCAUAUUCAGAGAUGAAAAUAUGUUAUAUUGGUUUAAUUUAAAAUUUUUGCUACAAUUGUAAUACAAACAUAUAAACUUGAAGCUAGUAAUGCGGUAUAGUGCCCCAAUGUUUGACCUUUUAUCUUUUUCCAUUACAGAUAAUACUGUUUUGGAUGUAAUAUAAAUGUUUUGUAAGGCCCUUUUACAAUGAAUUGUCAGCAGAUGAUUGGAAUGGCAAAAUAAACCAUUCUUGUAUAUUACGUGUUUUCUAAAUUGAUUUGCAUUAUAAAUGGCAAUAUAAACCCUUUUCAUAUGGUAAAUAUAUUGCCGUUAUCUGAUCUCUUCUAGAAACCAGUAUUUGGAUAUAAGAAAGCUGCUUUUAGCUCUGCACCACUUAUUCCACAUUUUUUUCAUUAAAUUUUUUUUUCAUAAUGUUAAUAUUUUCAUUUAUGACAUUUUGCAGUGUUACACUUUUUUCGGUGAAGUCUCGUAGAAAGAUAUUACUACGUGACUUUGCCCGAAAGAAUCAGAGUAAUUCCUGCAGUCACGAAAGCUUUGAAUCUAUUUUGCAGUGUAUUUAAAAGUUGAAUAAACAUGAAUGUAUCUGGAAAUAUG